UUACCUAGGGUCCAAGGUAAAAGUCCCUAAGUCAUCGGCUUACACGAGACAAUUUCGUUCAAUGAACUUCAUUGUCAACUAACGAAUAAUAAAAAUGUACUUAUAAAUGUCCCCCUUUUUUCACUCCCUUUCUUUUAUAAUAUUUACGCCUCUCCUCCGCUAGCCCUCGUAGCAAUUGAAGACGCAGAUCGAAUCGGGAGAACGUAUGCGGUGAUCUUUUUUUUCGCCAAGCCGAAUUUCGACCUCGUGCCUAGGUACAAGGGAGCUUCGCGUCCAAUUUUCACCGAGACCCUGAUUCACACAAAGAACAAGAACAAUUCGAGUGGUUGAGGGCGCGGAUCGCUCGGGACGACGCUAUGUCGACUACUGCUGGGGCCUUCGUGGCGGGCGGUAUAGCCGCUUGCGGUGCCGUCACAGCUACACACCCUUUCGAGACGGUUAAGAUUCGAAUGCAGCUCCAGGGCGAGCUCCAGACCAAGGGCCACCAACCGCACCACUACCGCGGGCCCUUCCACGGCGUCAGCGUGAUCGUGCGGAACGAGGGGCUCAAGGGCAUCUACCGCGGCAUCGGGUGCGCAUACGUCUACCAGGUGCUGCUGAAUGGGUGCCGGCUGGGCUUCUACGAGCCGAUGCGCAACGGGCUGGCGACGCUGCUGCUGCGCGACGGCUCGAAGCAGAACCUCGGCAUCAACAUGUUCUGCGGCGCCUCGUCGGGCAUCAUCGGCGCCGCCGCCGGCAGCCCCUUCUUCCUCGUCAAGACGCGGCUCCAGAGCUUCUCCCCCUUCCUGCCCGUCGGCACGCAGCACAACUACCGCAACGCCGUCGACGGUUUGGGGCAGAUCUACCGCGCCGAGGGCUUCCGCGGCUUGUACAGGGGCGUCGGCGCCGCCAUGAUACGGACCGGCUUCGGCAGCUCCGUGCAGCUGCCGACGUACUUCUUCGCGAAGAGGAGGCUCGUCAGACACCUCGGCAUGGAGGAGGGCGCGCCGCUGCACCUGGCGAGCAGCACGGUGUCUGGGUUUGUCGUGUGUUGCUUUAUGCAUCCUCCCGAUACGAUCAUGUCGCGACUGUAUAACCAGAACGGUAACUUGUAUAAGGGCGUCUUCGACUGCCUGGGCAAGACGAUCCGGACAGAGGGCUUCUUCGCGAUAUAUAAGGGCUUCCUGCCCCACCUGGCGCGUAUAUUACCGCAUACCAUCCUUACCUUGAGCUUGGCGGAACAGACGAAUAAGCUGGUCCGUAAGGUGGAACAGAAGAUAUUACCUGCUUCGGCUCUAUGAAAGGCUGUAUUAAAGCCGACCUAGUUGAGGGACUAGGGAAUAAAUAACGGUUUAACGGAAAAUAGAAAUGUAGGGAGUGCCUCAAGUUCCUACAGAGAGUAGUUAUUGUGAGAACUAGCUGGUGGAUUCGGAUCUAAUCAUGCCUAUUCGAGGAUAAGGAAGUAUUAUUCAAGAAGAUGGGGAUAUGAUCUUCAUUGCGGUACAUACAUAUUUAUAACGACGAUCCGAGUGUCGAUGAUUAUACACACCGAGUUCGUUAUAGAAGGAGCACGGAUAGAUAGACGGAUACUCGGACACUUCACGGUACUGUACUAGGGCAAACUACGGCAGCUUUAGACGCGGGCUUGGGAAACCACGUAGAUAUACUACUACUGGUACGCAAGUGAGGCGCUUGGUUCAGCGUCUCCUGAAAAGUGAGCAGGGGUCAAUGAAGAAAA